AAAUGACGAUUUAAAAAGUCGUUAAUGGGAAUUUCUUGUCAUUGUUAAAAAACAAAUUAUUGUGCACUUUUAAACUUUUAACUAUUCUCAGUAAAUCUGUUAAACAUAAGGAUGAUAUGUGCAAUGUACCUGUCCCCUGUCUUAAUCAUAUACUGUUUUUAUUUGCAGCAAGCAAGAGCAAAAUGUAUAAAACGUCCUGGAGAAAGAUACUCGCCUCACUUUGAGGGACUACCAAUGGGUGAAAUUGACUGUAUGAAAAAAUGCGAAAAUAACACAAAAUGCUAUAGAGCGACAUGGAUCGGUCGCAGUUGUUAUUUGCAUGGGGAUAAUUUUUUUAAAGGAAAAGACGUCAAUUCUGUUGGAUACAUAUGUAAAGCUGAUUGUGUAAGGAAUGGACAGAAGUUUACAAGCCAAAAGUAUGAAUUUACAUCAAACUGUCAAGAAAAAUGUAGGUGCACACUUGUAGGAAAACCUGAUUGUAAAAAUUCUUGUCGGACAACUAGCAUAAAAUGUGUCAGUCCAGAAGUCAAAGUACAGUAUGCUAUGCCGCUAGUGGGAAGCUGCUUUUGUGGAAAGCUUUGCGUUGUACCUGGUAACUUUGGCAUCAAAGUAAAGCAAGGUGAAACGAUAGCGAUAGGUUGCUCAUUCAGUACGUUGUAUUGGACAUUUAAUGGAAAAACAUUGAAGAAUAUUGCCAAAUACAAAUUUAAGCGCAAUUCAAUCGAAGUUCGGAAUGUCCAAAAAACCGAUGUUGGCUCAUACACAUGUGGAGAUAAAAAGUAUUAUAAUAUUCACCUGACAGAAGAUACUUGCAGCAGUACGAACACAAUAUACAUUGUGGUAUGUGGAGUUGCCAGCUUCUUGGUUGUGGUUUUACUAAUAAUUCUCUUCAUAUAUAAAUAUAGAAACGUAGAACGUUCGAAAGUAAAUAACAACACCAAGGCGAGAGUGGAGAUUCCUGCACCCAAUAUAGACGAUGCAAAAUACGUGGAACUUGGCGAACAUAUUCGAGGCAGUUAUACCGGUUUGAAUGCAAGUAAUGUAGCAACUUAUGAAAAUUCGCAUUACGGUUAUGAAGUUUCUCCAGCAUCAGUAAAUGAAACUAAAUAAUUACUGACUAUAAAACAAUUAGUUACAAGAGAUGGUUACAAAACAAGAUAAAUUCUCGAUCUAGCCCAGGGUGUUUGCUUGAGAAUUGUAUUUAAAUAGACAGAGCCAUUCUAUUGACUUAAAACGAGAAAGUUUGUUAAUAUAUAUCUAUAUGUAUCUCUUUUAUGUUUUUGAUCCAAGAAACAAGACACCAUGUGACCAUAUUUUAUAUAACCUGC